CUUGAGCGCCGCAGGUGACCCCGGCGGGGAGCCGGGCGCGCGGGGCCGGCUGAGAAGCGGCGGGCCCCCCGGGCUUGGGUCGUCUUUCCGCCUAGACACAGGGCUGAGGAGACGCGCGGCGAGCUCCGAGACGCUCGAGGCUCCCUGACGGCCGGCGGGGCUAGCGGCCCUCGGCAUGUUCGGUGAGGCGAGGCUUUUCCUCCCGCCCGUGGGCUGAGACGGCGGCGGCCACACGAGCGAGAUGCACCUGCCGGGCUCGGCUUAGAGGAGCGUCCGGGCCGCCAGCGGGAGAGCUUUGGUCGUCCAGAGCCGGCGGCGACCGCGGGCCCGAACCGCAGCGACGGGUGGGCGCCCCGACAUGGCGGCCCGGAGCGCCCCGAGCUGCCACCUGCGGCUCGAGUGGGUGUACGGCUACCGGGGCCACCAGUGCCGCAACAACCUCUACUACACCGCCGCCAAGGAGAUUGUGUACUUCGUGGCGGGGGUCGGCGUGGUGUACAGCCCCCGGGAGCAUCGGCAGAAGUUCUACCGCGGCCACAGCGACGACAUCAUCAGUCUUGCACUACAUCCUGAGCGAGUGUUGGUAGCAACAGGACAAGUUGGGAAAGAGCCAUACAUCUGUGUUUGGGAUUCUUACACUGUUCAGACCGUGUCUGUUCUGAAGGAUGUUCAUACACAUGGUAUAGCUUGUUUAGCAUUCGACUUGGAUGGACAGCGCUUGGUUUCAGUUGGACUCGAUUCAAAGAAUGCAGUUUGUGUUUGGGACUGGAAAAGGGGGAGAAUGUUGUCUAUGGCUCCUGGUCACACUGACAGAAUAUUUGAUAUCUCUUGGGAUUUGUACCAGCCAAAUAAACUUGUCAGCUGUGGUGUAAAGCAUAUCAAGUUCUGGAGUUUGUGUGGAAAUGCUCUGACCCCCAAACGAGGAGUUUUUGGUAAAACAGGUGAUCUGCAGACAAUAUUGUGCCUAGCCUGUGCUCGGGAUGAAUUAACAUAUUCUGGUGCACUCAAUGGAGAUAUAUAUGUUUGGAAAGGAAUCAAUCUUAUACGAACAAUACAAGGAGCCCAUACUGCGGGAAUUUUUAGUAUGAAUGCUUGUGAAGAAGGCUUUGCUACUGGUGGCAGAGAUGGCUGUAUUCGUCUUUGGGAUUUAACUUUUAAACCAAUUACUGUGAUUGAUCUCAGGGAAACAGACCAAGGAUACAAAGGUUUGUCUGUGAGGAGUGUUUGUUGGCGAGGUGACCACAUUUUAGUUGGAACACAGGACAGUGAAAUUUUUGAAAUUGUUGUGCAUGAAAGAAAUAAACCUUUCCUACUUAUGCAAGGGCAUUGUGAAGGUGAACUUUGGGCACUUGCUGUUCAUCCUACUAAACCUUUGGCCGUGACUGGAAGUGAUGAUCGUUCAGUCAGGAUUUGGAGCCUUGUAGAUCAUGCUUUAAUAGCAAGAUGUAAUAUGGAAGAACCGAUUCGCUGUGCUGCUGUCAAUGUAGAUGGAAUCCAUCUUGCCCUUGGAAUGAAGGACGGGUCAUUCACUGUCCUUAGAGUCAGAGAUAUGACUGAAGUUGUACAUAUUAAAGACAGGAAAGAGGCAAUCCAUGAGCUGAAAUACUCUCCAGAUGGCACUUACCUUGCUGUUGGCUGCAAUGACAGCUCAGUUGACAUCUAUGGCGUUGCUCAGCGUUACAAAAAAGUUGGUGAAUGUGUUGGUUCACUUAGCUUCAUCACUCAUCUGGACUGGUCUUCAGAUAGUAGAUAUUUACAGACAAAUGACGGCAGUGGAAAGCGGCUUCUGUACAGGAUGCCAGGAGGAAAGGAAGUGACAAGUAAAGAAGAAAUAAAAGGUGUUCACUGGGCUUCAUGGACAUGUGUUUCAGGCCUUGAAGUCAAUGGGAUUUGGCCCAAGUAUUCUGAUAUCAAUGAUAUAAAUUCAGUGGAUGGAAAUUAUGUUGGCCAGGUUUUAGUUACAGCUGAUGACUAUGGAGUUGUAAAAUUAUUUCGAUAUCCAUGCUUAAGAAAAGGGGCCAAGUUUAGAAAAUAUAUUGGUCAUUCAGCUCAUGUAACUAAUGUCAGAUGGUCACAUGAUUAUCAGUGGGUUAUUUCUAUUGGUGGAGCUGAUCACUCUGUGUUUCAGUGGAAGUUUAUUCCUGAAAGAAAAUUAAAAGAUGCUCUUCACAUAGCACCCCAAGAAAGUCUGGCUGAGUCCAAUAGUGAUGAAUCAGAUUCAGAUCUAUCUGAUGUUCCGGAACUGGAUUCUGAGAUUGAGCAAGAGACACAGCUUACUUACCACCGGCAGGUUUACAAAGAAGAUCUACCUCAGCUUAAAGAACAAUGCAAAGAAAAACAGAAAAGUGCUACUUCUAAACGAAGAGAACGUGCUCCUGGAAAUAGUAUUCGACUGCACUUCAUUCAUGGUUACAGAGGUUAUGACUGUCGAAGUAAUCUUUUCUAUACUCAAAUUGGUGAAAUUGUGUACCAUGUGGCAGCAGUAGGUGUCAUCUAUAAUAGACAACAGAACACACAGCGUUUUUACCUGGGUCAUGAUGAUGACAUUCUGUGCCUGGCUAUUCAUCCUUUGAAGGAUUAUGUGGCCACAGGCCAGGUAGGUAGAGAUCCCUCGAUUCACGUAUGGGAUACAGAAACCAUUAAACCAUUGUCUAUAUUAAAGGGCUACCACCAAUAUGGCAUCUGUGCAGUUGAUUUCUCAGCUGAUGGGAAACGCCUAGCUUCAGUUGGAAUAGAUGACAGCCAUACCAUUGUCCUGUGGGACUGGAAGAAAGGGGAGAAACUUUCAGUGGCAAGAGGCAGUAAAGAUAAGAUUUUUGUUGUGAAGAUGAACCCCUAUGUGUCUGAUAAACUAAUUACAGCUGGGAUUAAACACAUGAAGUUUUGGCGUAGAGCAGGGGGAGGAUUAAUUGGAAGAAAAGGCUACACAGGCUCUCUGGGGAAAAGUGACACAAUGAUGUGUGCGGUGUAUGGAUGGACUGAAGAGAUGGCCUUUUCUGGAACAUCCACAGGAGAUGUGUGCAUCUGGAGAGAUGUCUUUCUUGUAAAAACAGUUAAAGCCCAUGAUGGGCCAGUGUUCAGUAUGCAUGCAUUGGAGAAAGGAUUUGUAACUGGAGGAAAAGACGGUGUAGUAGCCCUUUGGGAUGAUUCCUUUGAAAGAUGUCUUAAGACCUAUGCUAUAAAAAGAGCUGAUUUAGCCCCAGGAUCUAAAGGUCUGCUCUUGGAAGAUAACCCAUCUAUACGUGCCAUAUCAUUAGGACAUGGUCAUAUUUUAGUUGGCACAAAGAAUGGUGAAAUAUUAGAAGUGGAUAAAAGUGGCCCAAUAACACUUUUGGUCCAGGGACACAUGGAAGGAGAGGUGUGGGGUUUGGCCACACAUCCUUAUCUGCCCAUCUGCGCUACUGUAAGUGAUGAUAAAACUUUAAGAAUAUGGGAUCUCUCUCCUAGUCAUUGUAUGUUGGCAGUCCGGAAACUGAAAAAGGGUGGGAGGUGCUGCUGCUUUUCUCCUGACGGAAAAGUUUUAGCUGUAGGUCUCAAUGAUGGAAGCUUCUUAAUGGCAAAUGCAGACACUCUAGAGGAUCUCGUGUCCUUUCACCACAGAAAAGAUAUUAUUUCAGAUAUCCAGUUUUCACCUGGUUCUGGGAAAUACCUAGCCGUGGCAUCCCACGACAGCUUUAUAGAUAUAUACAAUGUGAUGAGCAGUAAACGAGUGGGCAUCUGCAAAGGAGCCACCAGCUACAUAACCCACAUUGACUGGGACUCCAGAGGAAAGCUUUUACAGGUCAACACUGGUGCUAAAGAGCAGUUAUUCUUUGAAGCUCCCAGAGGAAAAAAACAAAGUAUCCCUAGUACAGAGGUGGAAAAAAUUAGUUGGGCCUCAUGGACAAGUGUCCUUGGUUUAUGUUGUGAGGGAAUUUGGCCGAUAAUUGGAGAAGUCACAGAUGUAACUGCCUCUUGUCUUACCAGUGACAAAAUGGUCCUAGCCACAGGAGAUGAUUUAGGAUUCGUGAAACUGUUUAGAUACCCAGCUAAAGGAAAAUUUGGAAAGUUUAAGAAGUAUGUGGCUCACAGCACACAUGUCACAAAUGUUCGCUGGACUUAUGAUGACAGCAUGCUGGUUACCCUAGGAGGUGCAGAUAUGUCUUUAAUGGUGUGGACAAACGAAGUGGAGAGCUAUCGAGAAAAAAAGUCUUGUGAUAGUGAAGAAUCUGAUAUAGAUUCUGAAGAAGAUGGAGGCUAUGACAGUGAUGUGACAAGAGAGAAUGAAAUCAGUUACACCAUCAGAGCCUUAUCAACCAAUAUCCGCCCAAUGCUUGGAGUCAAGCCUCAUUUGCAACAAAAAGAGCCAUCAGUUGAUGAGAGACAGGGGGUAGUAAGGCCCCCAGUGAGUAGGGCCCCACCACAGCCAGAGAAACUUCAGUCAAACAAUGUUGGCAAGAAGAAGAGACCCAUAGAGGACCUUGUGCUGGAGCUUGCUUUUGGCUAUCGAGGCAGAGACUGCAGGAACAAUGUGCACUACUUAAAUGAUGGUGAUGAUAUAAUUUAUCACACUGCCUCUGUUGGAAUUCUGCACAAUGUUGCUACAGGGACUCAGAGUUUUUAUCAGGAACAUAAUGAUGACAUUCUGUGCCUCACUGUAAAUCAGCACCCCAAAUUUAUCAACAUAGUGGCAACUGGCCAAGUAGGUAUGCAGGCAGAUCUGUCAGCUACAGCCCCAUCUGUGCACAUCUGGGAUGCAGUGAACAAGCAGACAUUGUCUAUACUAAGAUGCUCCCAUUCAAAGGGUGUGUGCUCCGUCAGCUUCAGUGCUACUGGGAAGCUGCUGCUGUCUGUGGGGCUGGACCCAGAGCACACCAUUACCAUUUGGAGAUGGCAGGAAGGGGCCAGAAUUGCCAGCAGAGCUGGGCACAACCAACGUAUUUUUGUAGCAGAAUUUCGACCAGAUUCAGAUACCCAGUUUGUCUCUGUGGGUAUAAAGCACGUGAAAUUCUGGACCCUGGCAGGAAGGGCUCUUCUCAGCAAAAAAGGGCUUCUGAGCACACUGGAGGAUGCCCGGAUGCAGACGAUGCUUGCUGUUGCAUUUGGUGCAAAUAACUUGACGUUUACAGGUACCAUCAGUGGUGAUGUCUGUGUGUGGAAAGAUCACAUAUUGUGUAGAGUGGUGGCCAGAGCGCACAAUGGGCCUGUGUUUGCCAUGUAUACCACCCUGCGAGACGGACUGAUCGUGACUGGCGGCAAGGAAAGGCCGUCAAAGGAAGGAGGUGCAGUUAAACUGUGGGACCAGGAACUGAGGCGAUGCCGGGCCUUCAGGCUUGAGACAGGACAAGUCACAGAUUGUGUCCGGUCUGUGUGCAGAGGCAAAGGCAAGAUAUUAGUUGGGACAAGGAAUGCUGAAAUAAUUGAAGUUGGAGAGAAAAAUGCAGCAUGUAACAUUUUAGUUAAUGGUCAUGUGGAUGGGCCAAUAUGGGGACUAGCAACACAUCCUUCCAGGGAUUUUUUCCUUUCUGCUGCAGAAGAUGGGACAGUGAGACUCUGGGAUAUUGCUGAUAAAAAGAUGCUAAACAAAGUAAAUUUGGGACAUGCUGCGCAGACAGUGUGUUAUAGCCCUGAAGGGGACAUGGUGGCUAUUGGAAUGAAAAAUGGAGAAUUUAUUAUAUUACUUGUGAGUUCUCUGAAAAUAUGGGGAAAGAAGAGAGACAGGCGAUGUGCAAUCCAUGACAUCAGAUUUAGUCCAGAUUCCCGGUAUUUGGCAGUGGGUUCUAGUGAGAAUUCAGUGGACUUUUAUGACCUAACAUUGGGUCCCACCCUUAACCGAAUCAGCUACUGCAAAGACAUUCCAAGCUUUGUCAUUCAAAUGGACUUCUCUGCAGAUAGCAGACAUCUCCAGGUUUCUAGUGGCUGCUAUAAACGGCAUGUCUAUGAAGUGCCUUCAGGAAAACACCUUGUAGACCAUGCUGCCAUUGAUAGGAUCACAUGGGCUACCUGGACAAGUAUUCUGGGAGAUGAAGUUAUGGGAAUCUGGUCCAGACAUGCUGAGAAAGCAGAUGUCACCUGUGCCUGUGUAUCUCAUUCAGGAAUCAGCCUUGUGACGGGAGAUGACUUUGGCAUGGUUAAAUUAUACGAUUUUCCAUGCCCAGAAAAAUUUGCAAAGCACAAGAGGUUCUUAGGUCAUUCUCCCCAUGUGACGAAUAUUCGAUUUACCAGUGGUGAUCGACAUGUUGUCAGUGCUGGAGGCGAUGACUGCAGUUUGUUUGUCUGGAAAUGUGUACAUAUGCCUCACUGAACUGCCAGUAUGAUGCUGAGAAGACUGAACAAAUCUCACCUCAAGACCAGUUCCAUGACAAAAAAAAACCAAAACCAAACUCUGCAUGGUCCAGUGGUGCUAACUGAAGACUGACAGGGAGGGAUGCAGAGAACCAUCCACACAGCAGAAGACUGACAGUUCGCAAUGCUUGCUGUAUGUACCAACCCAUAAUCUGUACACUGCCAGAUAAUUACAUUGCAAAUGACUCAAUUACUUGAUAAAAGCCAUCCUCCUCUUAUUGAGGAGUGUGUAAUUUGGCAGACUUGCCCAGGAGAUUUAGGGUACAGCAGUCUUAAAAAAAAAUUGAAAAUUUUCUCAUUUCUAACAUUUCUUCAAUGAAAUAUUUCACCCUUGUACAAGGAAAGGCGUAAGUGACCAUCAUCCUAAAGUGUCAGUUUUAGAAAUGCAAACAUUUUUCUUAGGGGAACUUACACAAGCUUUCCUGGCAAAUGUUUCUUGAACAUUAGUUUAGUGCCCUCUGCAAAGGACACUGCUCCCCAGUCUGCUGAGAAUAGAUCCCCUCAGCAGCAUAUGACGGCUACGUUUUCAUGCUCGAGCUGUCAAUCUUUGUGUUUCGGAGCCAUCUCCAUAAAAUUUUGAAGCAAAAUAUGGCAUUAAUGGGAAAGUGGUAAUAAUGAACAUUCAUUUCCAAGUGUACAGUUUUUUAAGGUUCUGUGAUAGCAAUAGUUCAACGGAAAGAUAAUACUGCAUAUUUAAAGGUAUGAUCUAAUUAAUAAACCUGCUCAUUCUGUAAAAAAAACAUUAAAUUCAUACACGAAUAACACUGGGCAUACAUUUUUAUAGUUUUCUAUUGAAACAAGCUGUUUAACUAGAUGUAUGCCAACCUGUAAGGCUGUUUUCCAAAAUGACUCCAGGAUCAUCUGAAGGAACUCAGUCAGAAUCCUUCCAUUUUAAUGCUGCCAAAGAUUGGGACUUAACUUCCAGGACUCUGCUGUUUAGCCUCGCUAGUUUCUUCAACAUGAGAACUCCAGUAGACUGUCGUGUAAAACUUAUUUUUCUACAUGUGACGACACCGAGGAUGCUCUACUGGUUAUUUUCAUUUUUAUUUUACUGUGUAAAUUAUCUUUGUAGCAUAGAUUCCCUCCCCCAAAGCCUCUGGAAUCCUGUUUGGUUUGCUAUGUUUUCUAUGGCUCAAAAAUUGUGAAUAUUAAAACCAGAAUGAACACACUGCAUCAGAGAACUUUUGUCUAAGCAGUGCUUGGAGCCUGGCAAGUUUUAAAGCUGAAGGCUGAUGAAGAAACUUCAAGGACCUUAAAGCAUAAGCUCUUCCACUGCUCAUGCCAAAUGGUCCAUCUAUAUUAGGCCAAGUUUUUCUAAAUACACUGGUAUUACAUAAAAUGGGAGUCAAUAAAUUAAAGAAUUCAUGUAAAAAGAAAACCACCUUCAAAUUUAAGCAUGGUAUAUAUUAUAGUUCUAAGAUUUCCCCUCUGGACAGCUUGCCAGCUUUUAGUUACAGAAAAAUUUCAGUUCUAUAAAAGUCCAUAAUGUUAAACAAGUAAACCAUAAAGAAAAAACUGCUUCCUUUCUACUUUUGUCCCCCAAAGUGGCAGUCCCUGCUGGAUUAACCACCAACUGUGAAAAGGAUGACGAAUCAUAUACAAUCUGCCCUAUAGUUUUUAAAUCCAGGGAAUUAUGGUGUGUACUUGCACUAUCUGAAUUUACAGCCCAAGACUGCCACCAGUUGUUGUCAUCCCCCUUGUUUCCGAUGUAAAUGCACGCCAAAGCACAUAGCACACUCUGCAUCAUCAUCAACCAUGUCCACUCUUUCUCUGGGUGACUUCUUGUGUGGUUUCAUUUAGAACAAGUAGUCCAGUUAAUUGUUUUAGGGUCAGAGUAAGCCUGUCUAUAAACCACAGUCUUGAACAACAAACCAUUCAAAUGUGGGGCUAUAGCAUGUACUUCAGAUGGUAGAGUGUAUACCUAAAUUUGUAAAGCCCUGGAUUUAAUCCCUAGCACCACAUAUUAAAUGGGGCAUGUCUAUAAUCCCAGGUGUAAGCACAGAAUCAGAAAUUCACAGUCAUUCUUGCCUACAUAGUGCAUUUGAGGAUAGUCUGAAGUAUGUGAGACUCUACCUUAAAAAAAAAAAAAAACCUUUUUAAUUGUGUUUACGGUCACUGUCUACUAAAUAACAGAAAGUAAUUGGGUUGUCACAUGUUCUUUUUUUUUUUUUUUUAUAAAAAGCUAAACCAGUUAAGUCCCUGUCCCCCACUUCUGGUCUUUACUGGACAGUUAUGAGAACACAUCAAUGCACAUUUUUACAAAGUGAUAGUUAGAAAGCAUAGUUCUGGAAAUUCACACAAUUUUCAACAAAAUUUUUCAGCUGAGAUGCAAUGCUAGAAUGAAUGCCUUAAAUUUAAUGGAAUGCACUUACAGAAUGAAGAAUUGCCACCUCACCUGACCCUUUGCAGCAAGCAGCUUUAGGCCCUUGUCUCCUUUGUCCUUUUGCUCUUUCUGAUCUUUACUCUAUGGGAUUAGCAUGGCCAAAGCCAACUUAUGAAAUGGUCGAAUAAUUAGCUUAAUGCUUUUAACUCUCAAUGAAAAGGCAAUGACCACAGCAGUAGAAGGGCUGGCUUCACAGUGUUAAACAAGACUUUUAUAGGCGUGACUUUAUUAUCCAUCCUUUAUGUAACUUAACAGUUUAAAUUUGGUCCUGAAAAUGUUUGAGCUUUUAUUAUCCCCUUUACUAACCACCUCUUACACUUUAAUUUUUAAAACAUCAAGUCUUUGAAAAAUCAGUUGUCUGUUAUUUAAAACAUUUGACACUUCUUGCCUUAACAACUUUCAAAAACCACACACAUAAAACUUCACACAGUGGCCAAGUUUCAUCUUAUUGUGACGUUUACCCAUUUGAUUUCUGUAAUUAUAUAUAGUUCUGCAUUUAAAAUAUACCACUUAAAUCUACAUUUCAAGAAUGAUCUUUAGGUGUAACUAAGUAUAUUUUCUGUGGAGUUAUUUCUGACAAUAUUUUUCAGAACAUUG